CACAGCCUUAUAAAUUGGCUUUUCUUUUCACUAAAAUAUUAUAUAAAUAAAUCUCCUUCACCUUUCUUUCAACAAAAAAAUAAAUAAAAAUACGCAACCAAGUUGAAGUGGAGACAAAUAGAAAAAAGAGUUCUAUAAAGGUUUGUUGACAUCAAUGGGAUCUCUUGGAGUGGAUUUUGUUUCUCCCAAUGAAGAAAUUGAAUUGGAAUUUGACUCAAGUGCAUUUCCUCCAUUUAAAUUGUCUGAAAUUAGAGCUGCAAUUCCAAAGCAUUGUUGGGUUAAAAAUCCAUGGAAAUCCCUAAGUUAUGUUCUUAGAGAUAUUGUUGUUGUUUUUACAUUGAUAGCAAUGGCCAUUUUCUUUGAUGAUUGGAAAUUUUGGCCAAUUUAUUGGAUUUUACAAGGUACUAUGUUUUGGGCAAUCUUUGUUCUUGGUCAUGAUUGUGGUCAUGGAAGUUUUUCUGAUAGUGCAUUAUUAAACAGUGUGGUUGGACACUUUCUUCAUUCUUUUAUCCUUGUGCCCUAUCAUGGAUGGAGAAUUAGCCAUAAAACUCAUCAUCAAAAUCAUGGAAAUGUUGAAGCUGAUGAAUCUUGGGUGCCGAUGCCAGAAAAGUUAUACAAGGAAUUGGAUUUUGCAACAAAAUUUUUUAGGUUCAAGAUUCCUUUUCCCCUGUUAGCAUACCCUAUGUACUUGAUUAGUAGAAGUCCAGGAAAAAAAGGUUCUCAUUUUAAUCCAUACAGUGAUUUAUUUCAACCACAUGAGAGAAAAUAUGUGGUAACAUCAACGUUGUGUUGGACACUCAUUGUUGCUCUUCUCUUUUAUCUUCGCACCAUCGUCGGUUCUCUUCAACUACUUAAAUUUUACGGAAUUCCUUAUAUCAUUUUUGUAAUGUGGUUGGAUUUUGUGACAUAUUUGCACCACCAUGGCCAUCAAGAAAAGUUGCCUUGGUAUCGUGGCAAGGAGUGGAGUUAUUUAAGAGGAGGAUUAACUACAAUUGAUCGUGAUUAUGGUGUUUUUAAUAACAUUCACCAUGAUAUUGGCACUCAUGUUAUUCACCAUCUUUUUCCUCAAAUACCACAUUAUCACUUGGUGGAAGCGACAAAAGCAGCAAAGCCAGUACUUGGGAAAUAUUAUAGAGAGCCAAAAAAAUCAGGACCAAUUCCUAUUCACUUGAUUGAAAAUUUAGUGAAAAGCAUGAAACAAGAUCACUAUGUUAGUGAUAAUGGAGAAAUUGUUUAUUAUCAGACUGAUCCAAAACUCUUUGGUAAAAAGGAUGAGUGACUUUUUAUCAGAUAAAUUUUAAAAGAAAUAUAUAAAAUUAUUUAUCAUAUUAUUUUCAAUAUAUAUUUCCUUUGUUUAGAAACUUCAAAUUGUUGCAAACAAUUAAAUGGAAUAUUGAGAGGGGGUUUUGGAAGUUAAUUGUAAUAAUUAUGUAGUUAGUAAUAUUUCAAUUUUCCUUGUCUAA